AUGCAUUAACACAUUGUAGAAGAUUAAGAAUUUAUUUUUGAGCUUGAAAUCAAUGAUUUAAAUUAGAGCUAAAAAACAAUGUUAAACAAUAAAUACAAUAAAGACCUUCAAAAUAAAAUUUCAAACAAACAUAACUUAUAAACAGUUAAAGAAUAGGAAAAUAUAAUUUCAGAAUCAGUAAGCCAAACUGAAUUUUCUUCAGAGAAAACUGAUUCUAAAGGUUUCAAAAAAUUCUUACAAAAUUAAUAAAUAAAUUAAGAUUUAAAAAGAAAUUCAUAAAUUAAUUUAUAUGAUAAAACCAUUUCAAUUUAGAAUCCGAAUAAAUUAAUUCAAUAAAAUUAUUGUAUGGAUAAUAUUAAUAAUUAAUUUCUUAAAUCUACUAAUUAAGUUAUAGUUCAGCAACCUUUAAUACCAAAAGAAGAAUAUAAUAAAGACUAUGAUAAAAGCAACUUGACUCAAAUUGACGAGACUAUCAAACAUCUUAAGUCCUAAGAAAAAAUUGUAGAAGAAGACUUUUAUAAUUUUAAACAAUUAAGCUAAAUUGCAUCAUAUGGAAAUUUACUUUCUUAGUAAGAAUUAGAGUUAGUCUAUUAUGCCUAAAAGCAUCUAAAAAGUGAUGAAAAUCUUCAUCUUUAAGACAAUACUAUCAAUCAAUUAAAUUUUCAAAAAAAUCAGCAAGUCACAUCUUUGAAUAAUAUUAAUAUGCCUCUUUCAGCUUAAUUUCCUUCAUAAGAUAACUAAGAAUAAUUAAAAAGUUUCAAUCAAACAUAUCUUAGUAAUAAUGAGAGCUUUCAACUCAUUGAAUUAUUUCAAAAAAUGAAAGAGAGCUAAAGUAUAAAAAAUAAAAGAAAUAGCCAAGCUUAAAAGCAAAACAAAUUUUAAUAUAAAACACAAUAAACAAUUAAUAGAAAUAGCAAAAUAAAGACACCUUCUCGUCCAACAGACACUACAGACAAAUAAGAAAAAGAAAUGAUUAAGUUGGAUAAAUAAAAUAAAAGGGAAAAUAUUCUUGUCGAAGGUUCAUCUACCACAUCAAAAAGCUCUAAUAAAUAAAAUCUCAUUAUUGAUUAAAUAAUCCACAAAAAAUCAAUAAAGAGUAACAAUAAGAUUUCUUUCUUUUUAUUAUUUAAUAUUCUUCCAUUCAUUUGCAUCUUUGUGGCCUAUUAAGCUCAAAUGGAAUCCUAACUAAAUUCACUUAAAGAUUCUUUAAACACAAGCCAAAAAAGAUCAUUGUUAGGAUAAUACUAUGAUUAGCAAGCAUUAACAUAACUAAUAAAAUAUGAGUAUAAUUUAAAUAUACUUCCAAAAGAUUUAGAGAGUGCUAUUACAACCUUUGAUCAAGUGUAUUGCUAAUAAAUAAGAUCUAAUUUCUAAACAUAGCUAUAAUAAAAUAUCAAUAGCAUAAUUUAGCUCAGCUAAAGCUAAAAUAAAAUGCAAAUUUAUAUAUUUUCCUAGAAGUAAGCAUUUUUUUAUUGA